UAGUCUAAAGUUUGUAUAUUUAUUUAGUAUUUCUCAGACCAUUUGAUGGAUCAGCGAUAAUACGAUACUUUAAAUGGUGUGUCAAUACUUAGACUCCAUGCAAAAUAAUUCAUAAAGUUUUAAGUUUUAACAUAUACUCAUAUUCUUUAUUACAUUUUUGACUUUAAAAUUCUCAAAUAUGUCAUUUUCACUCAGAAUAUGAGAUUCGUUGGGAAUUUUCAAAGGCUUUUAAAAGACAAAUCAGUAAAAAAGAUUUGAUUGAUAUUUAAUCAUUUGACCUUCUAUAUAUACAUGUGUUUUCACACUCAUGUCAAUCACUUAUUUUCAAAGAAAAAGAGAAGCAAAUCUGUGAUUUUUUUUUCCUUUCUUUUUGAGAUUGAAUUUGUCAUAUUUUGUUUUUGGUGUUAAUGGGUAAUUGCAUGGAGAGAUGGUUGCAAGGAGAAGGGGAAGAUGGAAAGAUAGAGGUGACAGAAAGAGCCAAAGAGUCCUUCAAACUUGAUGGUGAUGAUAAUGGAGAUGGUCAUGGUGGGAUGAAGGUGAAGAUAGUGCUUACGAGACAUGAAUUGGACAUGUUUUUGCUUCAGAUGAAUAGGAAUCAUGAUGGAAACUUGAUGAUUACCAGAGAUGUUAUGGUAGAGCUAGAGAAGAGGAUCAUAAGAGCUUCAUCAUUGUCAUCACCAUCGUCGAUGGCAUGGGAACCGUCUUUAGAGAGCAUUGUGGAGUGUCCAGAAGUCCAGGAAAUGGAUAGAUGAAGAUUGUAUAAAGAUGUGUUCUAUUUUUGAUAAAAAUGAGUUUGAUCAUGAUGAUCAUCAUAUAUUGAUUUUGGUUCUAGAUGCA